ACCCUCUGUGUCAUCUUCUGCCCGGGUGGGGCAGCUCACUCACUGUAACAAGCUGCUGCUUGUACAGCCAGGGAUGGGCUUGGAACGUGCAGAUGCUGCUGAAAAGCUCUGCCUUGGGGCUGGGGGCCUGCCGAGACGAGACGGGGCAAGGGCUUGCGCGUGCGGCUCUGGCUCCCAAUUCCGCACCUAGGCUAAGUCAGAUCUGGGUCCCUCACACAUCAAGGUAUCUCUUCUUAAAAAAACAGCAGGGAGCCUCGUGGCAUUCAGCAGGCCUUGGAAUCAUGGGCUGGACUCUCUAGAGAGGCUUGAACACUUGGGCAGGCUGUGCAUGAAGGAGUCAAGCGAGGUGCUGCGGGACCAGAUGCAGUGCAUGAUGCGGACCCUCCACGAUCUGAAGAGGGCACAUGACCGAGACAUCCGAUUGGAUCCCCAGGAGAUGAGAUCGCUCUCUGCCUUGCCUUCCUCAAAACAGUGCACAAGUCCACGUGUGUCCGCUAUUUCGGAAGCAGACUCUGCCUGUUGUUUGGAAACUGCUGUAGAGGAAGAAGUUGCCUUCUCUCCUCCCAGCAGUGAGCGGAGCUUGGAGUUUGAUUCGGGCUAUUCCGAAGUGUCUGGGAGCAGCUGGCGGGAUGAGGAAGGGCCCCCACCUCUGCGACCCAGCAAGCUUUCCUCGGGUGGCUUUCUGCGUCGCCGAGUGCCCACCAGGAGGCCCCGGCCCAAAUCUGCUUCUGAUGCCUGCUUGGAGCGGUGGCGGGAUGUCGAGCCAACAGAUGCAGGGGACUGGACUGUCUCCCUUUUGUCACAGUGCCGCAACCGGCAACCAUUGGUGUUGGGGGACAACUGCUUUGCCGAUUUGGUUGAGAACUGGAUGGACUUGCCCGAGGAGAGCGGAGAACGUGGGCGGCUGCAGCGCUGGCUGGCUAAGCCCCAUGGCUUCCUGCUCAACCUCUCUGGCAAUGUACGCCGCAGGCUGGCUGGCAUCUCACGCACAGAGCGAGCCAAGCAGGAUGCCAAUGGCACCAAGCGUUUUUCUUGUCCUGCAGGCCUGGGCGGGCAGCCUACGUUACCCUACUUCCAUCAGUCCCACGCCAACAUCAGUGAGCUUUCCACAGACUGUAGCAGCUUUGCUGCCCUCAUGAACUGUCGAAGCCGGCAGCCAAUAAUUUGCAAUGAUGUGAUUGGCUAUAUCUAGCCCUUGCCAUUUUAAUGCUCUUUUUCUAAACAGAACAGAUCUAUAUUUUUUAUGGU